GAUGGGAAUCAAGACAACAACAUAUCUACUACGUCAUGUGAUCCGUUACACAGCCAAGGAGGUCCAGUCAUGCGAGCUAGGGCUAAGAAGAUGCGUGAAGCUUUAAAUGGCCUUAUUGAGCAAAUCUGGGUUGAAAACAACAUACAACAAGCCAAUCGAAGCUUGGAUGAUUAUCAAGGCAUGGUAAACAUCAUUCAGGUCAAAGAACUCAUGAAAAAGGGACAUGUGAGGGAAAGCAUGAGUCCAUGUGCAGUUCCAGUGCUACUUGUGCCUAAGAAGGAUGGGACUUGGCGUAUGUGCGUUGAUUGUCGUGCGGUCAACAAACUCACUGUAAAGUAUCGUCACCCUAUUCCUAGAUUAAAUGACAUGUUAGAUGAGUUGCCUGGUUCUUGCAUAUUCUCUAAAAUAGAUUUAAAGAGUGGAUAUCAUCAGAUUAGGAUGAAGGAAGCUGAUGGACAAACAAAAGUGGUUAGUAGGGCGUUGUCAACCUUAUUGCGAUCUAUUAUUCAGAAGAACUUGAAGAAUUGGGAAGAGUGUUUGCCGCACGUUGAAUUUGCUUAUAACCGGAGCAUCCAUUCAGCAACUAACUGCUCGCCAUUUGAGGUUGCGUAUGGUUUUAAUCCACUCACUCCUUUGGAUUUAUUGCCAUUACCUAUUGAUGAACAAGCUAGUUUGGAUGAGAAAAAGAAAGCUGAAGUGGUUAAGCAACUACAUGAGAGGGUGCAGCAAAACAUAGAGCGACAAAUUGAGCAAUAUGCAAAUCAAGCCAACAAAGGGCAAAAGAAAGUUGUGUUUGAACCUGGACAUUGGGUUUGGGUGCAUAUGCAGAAGGAGCGAUUCCCUGGACAAAGGCAUUCUAACUUGCAACCAAGAGGUGAUGGACCAUUUCAAGUGAUUGCAAGGAUAAACGACCAUGCAUACAAGUUGGAGCUUCCUGGUGAUGAUUUGAGGACAAAUCCUUUUGAGGAGAGAGGGAAUGAUGGGAAUCAAGACGACAGCAUAUCUACCAUGUCAUGUGAUCCAUUACACACCCAAGGAGGUCCAGUCACGCGAGCUAGUGCUAAGAAGAUGCAACUUUACGGAACUUAUCAAGAUUAUUCUUGUGGCGUUCUAACCCGACUUAUCAUUCUCGUUCUUAAUUGUUCGAGGGUGUGCCGUCAACCAACUUUCUACCUCUGGUUUCAAUCAUGUCAAGUGGUGAUGACAAAUCAACCACUAGAAGACAACCAUGUGGAUGAAUCUCACAUGCUCAAAGCAAUGCAACAACAAUUUCAGAGGCUGGACAUCAUGUUUGGUGCAUUCAACAAUGAUGCCCAGAACUCAAAUUUUAGCAUGGACAGAUUUAUGAGAGGUAGAAGGGAUCAAAAAGGUAGGUGGGAAGAUCGGCAAGAUCGUGACUUAGAUAGCAUCAAAAUGAAGAUUCCUCCGUUGCAAGGCAAAAAUGAUCCAGAUGUGUAUUUGGAGUGUGAAAAGAAGGUGGAAUUGGUGUUUGAUUGCCAUAACUACUCUGAGGAGAAAAAGCGUCCUGUUGACACUUGGGAGGAGAUGAAAGCUGUGAUGAGAAAACAAUUUGAUGGGAAUCAAGACGACAGCAUAUCUACUACGUCAUGUGAUCCAUUACACACCCAAGGAGGUCCAGUCACGCGAGCUAGAGCUAAGAAGAUGCGUGAAGCUUUAAAUGGCCUUAUUGAGCAGAUCUGGGUUGAAAACAAUAUACAACAAGCAAAUCGAAGGUUGGAUGAUUAUCAAGGCAUGGUAAACAUCAUUCAGGUUCAAGAGAAGCUUAGUUGAGGUCAUUUGCACGGAAUUACACAGUUUGCGUCAAAAUCGCACAAUUCUGCCACAAUUUGUAGCAAACUGAUAUUCCGUGUUAUUUUAGAUUAUUUUUAGUGAUUUUCACAUUUUUUGUAUUAUUUUUGGGCUGAACAUUCGCUUAUUUGAAGCCCAAUUCGUGGUUAUUAGGUUUUGGACUUAGGGUGUUAGUUUCCUA